AUGAAAAAGAAACCUUCGUCCCCUUGGCUACACCAUAUUCGAUCAAGAAACCCCUUUCCACCAGAAAAAAAUCCCCGUCCCAUGAUUCCCCACGCCCGCCGGCGCGCGCGCGACAUGCUCUGGCAGGCGCAGCACGAGCUGUGGCAGGACGGGCCCGACUUCCAGCACGUGCGGGAGCUGGGCAUGGCGGCGCUGGAAAUCUUCGACGCCGAGAAGACGGCGGGCGACGGGCAGCGCGCGCGGGACUGGGCCAACGCCUACCUCAUCGUCGCCCGCGCGCACGAGGGACUCGGCCAGUGGGACGCUGCCUACAAGUACUGGGGCUGGUGCCGCGGGCUGUACCCGGAGGGCUGGAACGCGGAGCGCAGGAACCGCAUGGGCGACUGUCGCAAACGCCUCGACGAUGUCGACAGCGCGCGGCGAGGGUCUGCGUCGUCGGGGUAUCGGCCAUGA